AAAACGUCGUAAAUUAUAUAUUUGUCAACUGAAAGAUAUCAGUGGAAAUCUCUAGUAGCUUGUGGUUAGGAAAAGCGUCCAUUAUUCUUCAUUUUAGGGCGUUUACCAUAUAAAUUUCGAACUUUUCUUCUGAAGCGAUUUUCUAUUUCCGGUGGGUGUCAACGGGAGCCUGGAACUAGUGUUUGUUGAGCGUCGUUCCGAACAUUUGAAUUCAGAAUAAACAGAAUUUGGUGUCAUUUUUAGCUCUAUUUUGGCACGAAAUAUGUUUUGAUUAUAAAAUUCUUUGUCUUGAGUUCUACUAACACACAGGUGAGUUUAAUUUCUUUUCGAUAUUGGUUUUACGAGUGGAUUCUUCAAUGUGUCACUGGUGUACAUGUAAAACAUAGUUAUUGGAAUACAGCCAUAGACAUAGUGCAAUAUAUAUGAUUGUUUAUAAAAAUAAAUUAUCUUGCGUGCUAUUCUAUUGUCGUCAUUCACAAUUAUAAUAAUAGUAAGUAAAGGUUAUCUAUUAAUACAUCAUGUUUUCUUCGAAACGUGGAAGGUUUAUAGAGGUAAAUAUCUUGUAAUAUAUGUCUUGGAUUUUCAAAUUUAACCUUUGUGUAUUAUUAACAACUGCUAAAUAAUAUCCGGUGAUGUUUUGGGGGUUUUUAAAUUGAGUAUACUUAUUUGUGGUAUGAAAUAAAACGUGUAUAGAAAAAUGGAAUUGUUAAAUUACAGUGUAUCAUUUUCGGUGGCAAAAUUCACAAGAAAAAUGGGAAAAGUUUGCCUUUAAUUACUCUAAUCCAUUUUAUGUGAUCCGUUUUCAGACGCUAUACAAAGUAGAAUCAGUUUGAAUCGACAUUCCCUCCCAUUAGAAGCGUUUAAAACAAAUAUAAAUAAGGGAAUAAAGCUCAAAUAUUUGCCACUAUUUUGACAAGACAAAUUCUAGAACGAAAUCCGCCAAUUGUAUUGUAAACUUUUACGCUUCAGUCAACAAGGCCAAACAAGUAUUUUGAGUAGAACUUUCAUGUUUUUAAUAGCGUAUAUAUUUGUUAUUUUUUACUAUCAUAAUUAAAGGGUCUCAAGUGCCGUAAAGUGUAGAUCAUAUUUAAGAAUUAGAAACAUUUUUCUCUGAAAUGGGAAAUAUAUUUUACUGUAAUAAUAUUUAGGAAAUAUCGCUUUUAUAAUUUGAUGUCUAAUUUGGGCGUGCAUUGUCACGAUUUUACAGUCUGAGCCAUCAAUUAUUUAAGACAAUUCGUGUGGUUAUUUAUAUGUACUUAUUAACUGUAUAUAUUGGAUAAGCACGCCAUAUUUGUACUGCAUACAAACGCCUGGUAGUUAUAAAUAUUUGACCGUCAUUAAAGCAUCUUUCAGUUUCAAUUUUUAACUCAUUUUAUUUCUGUGUGGGAAAAUGCAUUGAUACAUGUCAUUGUUUUAAUUACUGUAUAUAUAAAUAUCUAUAGGGUUGGCAGUAAAAGAUAUAAUUUCCACCAUGUAUUAACGUGUAACACCAUGCUAUAUAACAUUGUGUAACAUCAUGUGUUUGGAUAGUAUUUUAUUAGGAUUACCAUUCUUUGUGGAAAACCCCGAGAUUUAAGCUGUUGUCCCAGCAUGCAGAUUUGGACCAAAGAUUUUAGAUUAAAAAUUCCAUAAAAGCUUACUACAUAGAUUUUUAGAUUGAAGCUUAGAUUUUUAGAUUACAUUGGAUCGUUCCAGAAAAGAUCCACACUCCCCUCUCGGAGGAAAUUUCUGCCGUCCGGAGGGUGAGGGGAGACAAAAUUGUUUCUGAUAAUAGCAAAUGUAUUAGGACAUCCGAAGGGGGUAGCAGACAUUCCAACUCUCCCGAUUUUACCGGGAGUCUCCCGAAAAUUCAUACAAUCUCCUGGUCUCCCGAUUUUUAUCAAAUGUUUCUCCCGAUUUUUCGGAAUGUUCGGGAAAUAUCGUAAAAAAAUCAUAAACAUACCGUUUUUAGCAACAUAAUAGUCUGUUUUGACCUUUUUAUGGUUACUUUAUAGCAAUUUAUAGGAUCACUUAUAACAACAUAUUCCGAAAAUGCAGGAAACACCAUUUCAGAAGACUUAAUUUUUAAAAUUUUUUCCCAGAAGAACAAGAUUUCAAUUCACUGAACAGUCUCCCUAAAUUUUACCUCCAGUAGUUGGAAUGUCUGGGGUAGGGGGGUUAACUUCCAAUUUCCUCUGUGGGGGUGGUAUGGAUGUUUUCUGGAAUGACCCAUUGUGACCUGAAAUCAUGACUUUCACAGCCAAGUUGGAACAAGGAGUGUAUCACUCCAAAAAAGUGUAUUUUGAAGUAUAUUAAAAAAUUUGGGGUUUUGAAAAUUGCUUCAGAUUUUUUCUGAUUUUUUGCGGUUUUCCAGACUCCCUUUUGAUUUUUCCAGAUUUAUGGGGGUUUUUAGAAAUUGUCAAAGAUUUACAAAAUUUUUUAGGGAUUUUAUUUGCACUUGUUUAAGGAUUUCGAGUGGUGUAUUGGGAAUUCUCUGGGAUUUUUUUCGAUGCCUACACCCCUCUGGAUUGGAUGGUCUGACACUUGGGAAAUGACCGACAAUCAAAAUUAACAUUUGUGUUUUUUUUUUUCAGAUUUCAAACAAGAUGAAAUGUUAUAUAUUUUGCCUAGCCAUCAUCCCCAUGGUAUUGUGCAGUGUACCAGCUCUAGAUCAUGCAUCCAAAACCAUGAACUGCCCAGGUUUGAUAAAUGAUUCUGUAUUUAUCAUAUAUUUCAUCUAUAUUUACAUAACAUGUCUGAUGAAAACUUGACCAAUACAGGGUUUUCAGUUUUGUGCGAGGCUCUGGCUAAUGGCGAUGAAGCUAUGGUGAAAGGAAAACGCCUAGACUAUGUAGACUGCACCUCAGUUAAGUUUCACAAUCAUUCGUGCACAUGGAUUAUAUAUUUAUGUAAAAGCUCUGGCGAAUUUGGGUGGGGUUGAAUGAAAACAUCUGGCGAAAUUUGCCGUUCGCCGGCCUAAACUGAAAACCCUGCCAAUACGUUUCACAAGCUAUGUAAAGCAUUUGUGUCCGUGCUGUAUCAGACAUACAAACUCGGUUUUAUCAAACUUUAGUUGCAGUAGCACUUUACAUUAGAAAUUAUGAUGAAUGAAUGGCAUCACCUUUACUCGAUUGACUGACAUUAUGACGUCAUUAUGACAUCAUAAAAUUGGUAUUCAAUAGAUUGUUGCAUAAAUAAUCUAUACUUUAUGAUCAAGGCAGAAUCAGACAAUCACUAAACAUGUCCCAUAAAAUCAGGGGCGUAGCGUGCGGGGGGGUGUGGGGGGGUGUGACACCCCCCAGUUUUAGUGAGGUAGUCGGUAAAACGCGAAGUUAUUCGGUAAUGGCAAGAGCCAUGACAGCGGUCGGUAAAACAAAUCGGUUAAAGUGGAAUUUUGCUCCUCGGUAAAUGGCUUUUAAUAAUAAAAAAAAAUUAAAUUAAUGUUGUGCCUUGUUCUCCAAUAAAGUUAUGCAAAAUGUACGUAAUUCUUCAGUAUUAAAACACUUAUAUUAAAUAUCUACGCAUAAGCAUUGGAGCCCCUAAUUUCCUAUCGUAUUACACUUGCAAGAGCUGCGAAAACAGUCGGUUCUGAUUGGACAUGUUCAACUGUGCGCGAACUUUUGACCUUGAUACAAUGAUACGCAAAAGAAUUAAAGAUUAUAUUUAUAUAUUUGUUAUUGACACGCGGUGCUCAUAAAAUGUUUCGCCAAUUUUUCAAGUCUGUUCAUUACAAUAAACAACAAGAUAAAUGCCAUUGGGUAAAAUGACUUAUCGCGAAGUAACAAAGACAACAAUUAUUCCAAUUAAUAAAGCGUUUGCUACGUUUCUGGUUCUACGUUAUUUCUAGACGGCUGACUAAAGUCACGGUAAGUGUCAUUAAAUUAAACGCGCGCCGAAAUAUUUAUUUGUCAAUUGCUGUAUAGCUGUUAUGGUAUAUGUUAUAUGUAGCGUAUAAGGGGCGGUCACGGAUUCUAAUAAAACCUCACGGUGAGCUCACACUCACAGUCUCACAGCUUGUUAAUAUCUGACGGAUUCUCACGGAUUUCGAAAAUAACACAACUUCAACAAUAUGGUUUUGUUCGAUAUAAAUAAAAGCUACCAAACCUUGUGUGUAUAAGGUACAGAAGGUUCUGAAAAUGCCAUUUCCAACGAUCUAGAGACUCCAUAUUUUCAAAAAUUUUCCACUCGGCGCCAACCAUGGUGGCGCCUCGUGGCGCAUGGGUCGGUAAAACUUAGAUGUUACACCCCCCCCCCAGUUAAAAAGGUCAUGCUACGCCCCUGCAUAAAAUAAUUUCGUCACGAAAAGUGUGUGCACACAUGCUUUGAGGCGUGCAUUAGUGAGCCGUACAUGCUCAAUGGACCUAUUACCUAAUGAACAACAUUUUGAUCUAGACAGGUCUAGACAAAAAUUUUGUCACGGCUUGAAACAAGGGCUUCAAAGAGCAUCACAAAAUUAGUAAUAUUCCGAAGUUUCUUUUGCGAAAUGUUGUAAAAUGCAGAUAAUAUAGCCCUGCACAGUUUGCCGUUUUUCAGUCAUUUUGUAUUAUGCGCGGGAAAUUGAUACCUUUUUUCAGAAAGUGGUACCAAUUUCCUGUGUGUGAUACAACAUGACUGAAAAACGGCAAACUUCGCAGUGCUAUAUUAUCCGCAUUUUCCAACAUUUCGCAACGAAACUUCGGAAUAUUACUAAUUUUGUGAUGCUCUUUCAAGCUGUGGUGAAAUGUUUGUCUAGACUUGUCUAGAUCAAAAUUUUGUUCCUUAGGGAAUAGGUCCAAUGAGUGCUUGUCCAAUUUAUUUACUAUUACAUAUGAUAGUCAACUGUUUAUUCUGUUUCUUUCAGAUUGUAAAAUAUUUCCAAGUGAAAAUUCCAAUUAUACAGACUUUACCGUUAUUCUCCAGAAGAAAAAUACACCAACGUUUUUUGUUGGAAUAAGGUAUAGUACAACAGGUGGGAAAUUUGUCUGAGCAUGCGCGAGUAAAAUGAACCACGCAAUGGCGUGGAAUACACGCAACGCGUGUUUACAAAAAGGCACAAUCGUGUAAAUAUUGCCAAAUGUUUGUACAAAAUAAAUGACUGUUUUAUGUUGAAAGAGUAGACAUGAUCUAAAUGAAUCAUACAGAAUUUUUUAGUGACGUUCUAUUUCAGUACCCUGCCAUUGUCUCUGGUGGGCUGUCCGUGUGCAUUCGAUCUGAAACAGUUGCUACUUUGCUGUCGAAGAAUUUCGAAUGUUUACAUGAAAAUAGAGGCAAGUCAUGCAUUUUACAACCUCUCGAACUGUAUGAGCCCCUAUUUUUACGCUUAUACCUAAGAUAUCAAAUAAAAGUACAUGAAACAGAGAACAUUUGUAGAAAGUUUUAUCGUGAGGCCACGGCCAGUUUUUAAAAUAUCUUUAUUUCUGUUCCGGUCAUCACCAAAAUUACACAAAAGCCGGGAUUGAAUAUACAACAAAUUUUGAAUCUCAUCAAGCACAAAAAUACUUAACGUGUAACCAAAAUAUGCUCAUGAAAUCGAAAUUAAUAGCUAAAUUUUCAAACUAGACCCUUUUCGAAGCGGUUUUCAUGAAGGAAGUUCACAUUUUGGUCUUUGAUUCUUGGCAAAAAUUUGACCACAACACGUGCGAAGCAACUGGAUCUCAAAGACUGAACUAAAACAUUGUGAGCCCCUAUUUUCCUGACGAUAUGUUUGAUACCUAAAAACGCCGAAAAGUUUUUUCUUUUCAUUUAACUAUAUUUAAAAUUGAGGCCACGGGCUAUUUUUGAGAAACUACAGUUCAAAGUCAAGCUAUUUUUACAUAUUUUCAAAAUUUGUCAAAUUUCGCGAGCUUUUAUUUUGAACUUAGACAGCUGAAGUUACAUUAUGAAACAUAGGAUGGAAAAUUUGAGGCAUAUAAAGUUAAUUUCAACUUACAUUUCAUUCUCAAAUCACGUCUUUCUUCGUUUAUCACGGUUUUAAACAAGCCAUAGAUCGACGUAUACGGUAUUUACUCCCAUGUUCACGUCGCCAUAUUAACUUCUUCCAAUCACUCGAUUACAAAACAAUCAUCCCAAAACAAAGAAUUCAUGAUCGACUUUUAAAAGAAUAACCAAUAAUUUGUAAUUCGUUGAAUGGAAAGCAAAAAAUCGUCAGCUAAAACGGCUUCUUGUUAACUUUCUGCUUUGUUUUGAAUGUAAAUGCAAUGAGCUUUGUUUCUGCCCGCAAUUUUUUGGUCAGCGACGACAAAUUUCCCACCUGUUUAUAGUACAAGCACCAUGGUAAAAUUAGCCUGCGAACAGGCUCUCAAGCUGAAUUGAGAGCCUGCAUCGAUGACUAAUGAAUUUGAAUAUCUGCGUCUCUAAUCGUGACGCGACAUUCUCAUUGGUCAGAUGCUAUAAUUUAUAUGUUUCCGCUGAGCUCUAUAUAUGUCAACUGCUGAAGCAAUAUGCAUAAAAAAAACACAUUAACUGAUCAAAUUGGUCUUGGCCGUCUUAUAUCAAGACACGAAAUGUUCUGUUUUGAGAAAACAGUAUUUAAAACAUUUGAACUUUUGCUUGAAUAUCUUAUAUUUCGAAAAACAGUAUAAACUGUACGGUCUAAAUUUAGUUUGCACAGUCUAAAUUUAGUUUGCACGAAAGUUGUAAACAACACCAUAUAAGGAUAGACAUUCCAUAUUUGGAAAAACGAAUGUUACGGGGCAGAUAUUCAAAUUCAUUAGUCAUCGAUGCAGGCUCUCAAUUCAGCUUGAGAGCCUGUUCGCAGGCUAUGGUAAAAUUGACUGCAAUGACCAGUUGACAAUUAGUUUCUGAAGUCAAGGUGUUUACGAGCCUGUACUUACUGAGGCAAAGGAAACAACACUCAGGAAUCAUAUAUCAUAUACACUGUAUAUCAUUCAGCUAGCAGCCACUCCCCAACAGGGCUUCAUUUUUUCAGUGACCGAUAAACUCACAACUUUCGGCAGAGCAUUUGCUGACUCUUUUCACAAUAAUAUGGGCCCGUAGUGAGAAUAGAACCCACAUUCUCAGAGGUGAAUUAAGCACUUGCUGUGACGACUGCACCUCCGAACUGACCGAAGCCCACUGUGGAAUUUCUAGAAAUACAAUUGUACUCAGGCAUAAUCUGAGUGCUUGAAUAGGCUCUUUGCAAAAAGCCUUCUAACUGGUGCUGUGCAAAGUCUGCUGUAGCAUUGACUCUGGCUGCUUUACAGCUCAAAUAUCUGGCUCCGCUUGCAUUGGUUCACAACCCAGCCCCGGGACAAAUUAACUCAAUAGUGGUCAUCAUUAUUUGGCUCAAUUUUUGUCCCCAAGGUAAGAUGACGUCAUGCAGCAUACAGUGGCGUAACGUUAUAUUAGGGGGCCCCCGGUUCAAAAUUUUCGAAGGCCCCCCUAGUAGAAGUGCCAAAGGCACGAGUCGAGCGCCGUAUAUAUAUGCACGAAAUUUCUAGGGGGUCCAGGGCAUGCUUAUCCGGAAAAUUUUUGAAUUUAGACUCUCUGAAAUGCCAUUUCCUGGACUUUGGGGAGAGAUUUUACAGAAUUCUGAUGGUCAUAAAACUACAUUGUAACAUAUCAGAGGCCCUGACCAAUGUUUUUGCUCUAUUGCCUAAGCCUGGGGGCCCCCAUUUAGGUUGGGGCCCCCGGGUUCUCACGGUCUGAGCCCAUAGUAGUUACGCCACUGGCAGCAUAUCAAAUCAUGACGCUUGCGAUUUUCAACUUUUUCUGUGAUAUGAUAAAUGAUCACUCACAGAUUAUUGCGGUUAUCUAUCACUCCUCUACGCUAUUUGAUGACCCACCACCGUAUUGGUGCUUGAAUCUUGCGUAUACGAAAAUCAAUCAUUUCAACUUAAUAAUUAAGUAGUAUUCACAACUCAAGUAUGGAAUACCAGAGUUUUCUUCAAGGGGGUGCUGGACACCACUACGAGAGGGGGGGGGGUGCAUCCCCCUCCCCCUGCACGCCACUGGUAAAUCCACCCCUCCUCGGAAAGGAUUCCAAAAGCAAUGAAUGUACCUACUGUGAGCAGUGUAAAGAAUGAUGAAAAAUAAUUGUGUUUUAUUUCUACAAAGGGAUGGUGUACUCCAGAUAACCAUGGAUGGAAACUUGAUUCAUAACAUUUCAAUCCCAAGCAAAGAAAACGAUCACAAAACUUGUAUGUACAGUGUGAAACAAGGGAUACAUAAAGUAUGUUGUAAACUACUAUUAGGAUAUUGUACCAUUUUGAAUUUAAAGUGCCCCUGUAUGAGAGUUAUUAGAGUCUUAUUGAAUCGUAGAUUAUAAAAAUACAAACCAGAUUUUAAAUUGAGCUUGUUUUCACAGAGUAAUAAGGCAAUGAAAUUUGAAAAUUUCAAAUUUUAACGGCAAACGUUUUUGAAAACCGCAAAGCUGGGAAAUUGGUAGUACAUACAAUAGUAUUUAUGAUAGUAAAAAUGAUAGUACAUACAAUAGUAUUUCUAUAUUAGCGAGCUAGACAAGUCCCUACUAUUACAUCACAUGCAUUGUUUCGCUCCAGUCUCCUUUGCGCGAUUUUCAGAUUUUUCACAAGGCGAAAUUCAAUGUUUAAACGGCAAUAACUUUUAGACUAAAAAAGCAAUUUCGAUUCGGUUUUCAAAUUUCCGUAUAUUUUGUAUCUUAGAUUUCAAAAAUAUACACUCACAUUUUGUGACAGGGACACUUUAAUGCUUCAAGUGUCACAUUACAGGCUGUUAGUCAGGAGAUUAAAAAAUUCAGCAAUUUAAUGAAAUUGGGAAUGUCGUGGCCUACCGCCCUUAUUGUAUUAGAGUUCACUGGCUGAGCUAUAGGAGGCUGCUCCAUUUACUGUUCGGAGUACUCCGGAUUUUCGGAACACAAAUUGAAUCGAACCGAAAAUGGCCACAUGACUGUUCUGACUGCCCCUACUCAAAAGUAGGGGCAGCCACAUAGAUAUAGGAGAUCUAGAUUGCUAACGCAUACCUAGCGCAGGCGGGGCCUAUAUGAUAAAUCCAAGAUGGCGGUACAACAGGGCAAAAAGACUAUAGAUUCUAUUACGAAAAUCAGGAUUUUUGCAUUUUUUGCCGUCGCAUUGUUUCGAAACUUAUUCGGUCAAAUUUUAUGGUAAAGAGAAACUUACCGCGAAGAUUUUGAGCAUAUAUAUGAUUGAAUUGGAUGAAAAAUCUCAAAAUUAUCCAGCGAUAAAAGUUCGUGUGAAAUGGUCAGUUGGUCAGCAAAAAUUAGCAAUAACCAAAGUUUCGUUGCGAAAUGUUGUAAAAUGCGGAUACUAUAGCCUUGCGAAGUGCAAGGCAUGGGGGAAUGCUCCCCCAGAAAAUUUUUAAAAUUUGGGUCCCUGAAAUGGCAUUUGCACUAAGUUACUAGGCUUGGGCGGUUUUGCUUAAAAUCAAAACCGAAAAACCGUCUGAUUCUAAACCGUUUUUUUUCCUUUAAUUUGUAUUUCAACUGAAUGAGGAGGAAUUGUGGUGUUUUUUUGACAUAAGCAAACGAACAGAACAUGACAAAACGCAAAAUUGUGUAUUAAAGGUAACCUAAAACGACUUCAGUUUUAAAAUAAAAGGGUCAAGAACGCAUUUGAAAACUUAUACCUCUUUAGUUCUUACCGACUUUACGGAAAAAGAAUAUAAUUUGUAUCUAGUGUCAUGUAAUUGUGUUUAAUUAGUGUCAUGUUUUGAGAAUUAGGAUCGAGUUUCGGGCGUUGACAGUAAACAAUUUCGUAAUGACGGUUUUCCGGUUUUUGUAAAAGCUAAACCGAAAAAACCGGUUUGAAAAUAAAACCGGUAAACCGCCCAAGCCUAAUUUGCACCAUUCUGAGAGCACAUUCUGUAAGAAAUUUCAGGUUUUCAAAACAUUAAUUAAUGGUGCAUUUUGUUAUAAAUCAUAUGCUAAACAUAAAAAACGACAUUUCAGAAAAAUCCUAGAUGAUUAAAUACAUUUGUGAAUGGAAUUUGCAAGGUGGUUUAACUCUUUCUCGACAAGUCCCACGCAACUUCUAGAAGCUGACGACUUUGUAUGUUUAUAUCUUCGGUUCAGUGCAUGCUAUGAAGACAAUAAUACCACCAUUCGAUUCAGUGAAACAAUAUCAACUAAUUCCUCACGAUAGUUUGUCAUUGCCAACAUUGUAGCGAUUUAUGGCCUUUGAAAGUCAAGCGAGACGUAUGUAAUAAUAUAGACUAGCCAUACCUUUCCCCGAACAUAACUUCAGCCCCUUCGGAUGUAUUUUCUUUGUGCUAGUCUUGUUCGAAUCGCUAUCAAAAACACUAUUUAGAGUGUCAUUUUCGAGCCUAUAUACAGUAUCUUCAAAUUUGUAUCUUUAUCACGGUAUUUCCAUUUCUGGUCCGACUGAGCUAAUCCCAACCGGAAAUACAAUUUCACUAUCGUAUGUAUGACUGGAAAUGCCAGAAAUCGAUUCUAAAGGUAAAAGUGCACCUACACACGUGAUUUUUGACGUCAUCUGGCUACGGGAGCUCCUUAUUGGCCAGGUAUAGCGCGUGGCCCGCAUGUUACAUUUUUCAAAAUGAAAGCUAGCUAAAAUUAUUGGGGGGGGGGGGCGAUCGCCCCCCUGCCCCCCCCCCCUAGUUUCCGCCACAGGUCUAUAGUUAUGUCUGCUCAUCAGCGGCUCCACUCGUGUUCCAAGAUCCGCCAUGUAAAGUGUAGUGAAAUGUAUCUCAAUACUAAUCGUAAUCAUAGCCAACAGAAGCCUCUGCGGAGGAGAGAGGCUCAACUACUUGAUGUUUUUCUUGAAAGGAAUGUGGCAACAUAAUUGGUGAGAUUAUCCCACAAAAAAAUACUGAUUUGAUGCUAGCUUGUGGCAACAAUGCCGACCAAACGGAACAAUGUUGGAAAAUAAAUGUAAGUUUAUAGUUUUAUACCCAUGAAUCAUGAUUCAAACUGCAAAAGCAUGAUUGCAGUUAAAACCUUUUAUUUAUAACAUCAUAAUAAGUGACCACCGCAGGGUCUCAGGCCUUAAAAUAUUCGUCGGUCACAGACCCAUUCGUGAAAUUGUCCGACGUUGUAAGGAAACCACUGGACAGUUCGUCCGACCUAAGUGAAACUGAGGUUUAUUGUUUGUCUGACCGGAGCGUAUUCAGGUGUCUGACCUAACUGUAGGUUUGUCCGACCUUCAAUUUUGCCCUGGCUAUCACUGUUGCAAUUUUACAGAAAAAAACUUUCUUACGAAGUGUAGACCCUAAGCAACCAAAAAAUGUCAAAUUUUCACUUUGAUCUGUCGUUGAAACUUUCCCAAGGGGAGGUGCAAAAAUUCUGAGGGGAAGUGCUAAACGAUCUCAGGAGUCACGAGAGGUGCGCACCUACGCAUACCUCCCUUUGAAAUCCGGCCAUGUAUCCCACAACAGUGUAGAAAGAAUAACAGGGUGUCCAUGCGGGCCUUGAAAAUCCUGGAAAGUUCUUGAAUUGGAAAAAAAAUAUUCCAGGACUGGAAAGUCAGUAGAAGUCCUUGAAAGUCGUGGAAUUAAUUUCCUUAACCUCCAGCUGUGCCAACAUUAGUGAUUUUGAUUAAAAUUACUGGAUAAAGUGAAUCAUUUGCUGGGCAAAUCGCCAAAUCCGUGCCAUUUUCAAAGAUUUUUCCCAGUCCUUGAAUUUACUGAAAAAUGGCCUUGAAAGUCCUGGAAAAGUCCUUGAAUUUCACCUUCACCAAAGAGAGGACACCCUGAGAAAGAAUAAAUACUGUAUUUGACAAAGUAAACAAUGAAAUUACUUCAAUUUUAGGAGACCAACGUUGUAGGGAAACCGGACAGUUACUCAUUCUACAGUAAAAAUCCAGAAAGAAAAUAUGUCAUCUCAGGUAUUCAAACUAAUGCCUUGUUACAUAGAUUACAAUAGACCUUUCCCCUUUUGAGUGAA